AUGAGUGCUGCCAAGGACAAGGACGCUUACCCCCGUCUCAACCGCGAUGCUCGCUACAAGCAUCUCGAGGACAUCCACGGACAUCUCGACCAGUUCAUCGGUGGCCACUUCUCCGACGUCAACCUCUCUGCGCUGCUGUAUGCUCACAGGCUCGAUGACGAGAAGCACAUUACGAUCGAGUCAUGGUCCGCCCCUGGGCUGAGCAAGCCGCUCUUCGCCGAGGCCGUCAAGCAGAAGUACAAGCCCGCGCACAAGGGCGAGAUGUUCGGUCCUUCCUGGGUGAGUCACUUCGCUGCGGUCACACAUCCACACGCUCCCCUUGGACGGUGGAUGCAUGCCUGUGGCCCUGCAGUUGUUCUGGACGGCGAAGGGCACAGUGCUUCUUGGCACAUGCCGAUCACAUCCGGAUCGGCUGGUGGCAGCUGUGAGAUCGUGCGCCUAGCUGACAGCCAGUCCAACCAUUGGUUCAAGAUCACGGUCCGCAUCCCCAAGGAAUUCGAGAAGUAUGAGCGCGUCCAGCUCGAGUUCGACAUGUCCGGCGAGGCCAUGGUGUUCGACACCGAGGGCAAUGUCUACCAAGGUUUGACUGGGGCUCACGAGGUGGACCGCCGCGUCGACUUCAUCAUCCCUGAGAAGGAUCGCAAGGCCGGUAUCGGCCACUACAUCAUCGAGGCGAGCUGUAACCGCAUGUUCGGUCAGAACAAUGAGGCGCCCCCUGACUACUACAAACUCGAGAGCUGUGACCUCGUCGUGCCCAACAUGGAGGCCUGGCGCCUCAUGUGGGACUUCUACUCGAUCCAGCAGAUCUACCACAACUUCCCGUGGGACUCGACCAUGCGCAACCGCGCCAAGUACAUUGCGAACGAGAUCAUGAACGUCUUCCGCGAGGGCGACCUGUCCUCCGUCUCGGAGGCCCGUAAGACUGCCGAGGACGUGCUCGGCGAGCACUGGGAGAAGAUCUGCGAGGAGGAGUCGAAGAACGCCGGCAAGCAAAAGGGUACUCUCUGGGCUGUCGGCCACUGCCACAUCGACACUGCCUGGCUCUGGCCCUUCUCGGUCACGCAGCAAAAGUCGGCCCGCUCCUGGUCUACGCAGUGCGACCUCAUGGACCGCUACCCCGAGCAUCGCUUCAGUGCCACGCAGGCACAGCAGUUCAAGUGGCUCGAGCAGCAGUACCCGACUCUGUUCACGCGCAUUCUGGGCAAGGUUAAGGAGGGCCGCUUCCAGCCUCUCGGCUCGACCUGGGUCGAGAUGGACACGAACCUGCCUUCAGGUGAGGCGCUCGCACGUCAAUUCCUGUACGGCCAGCGCUACUACGAGAGCCGCUUCGGUAAGCGCUCCAACGUGUUCGUGCUCCCGGAUACAUUCGGCUACUCGUCGCAGCUGCCGCAGAUCUCGCGCCUGUCCGGCUCGCCCAACUUCUUCACGCAGAAGCUGUCGUGGAACCGCGACAACCAGUUCCCGCACACGACCUUCAACUGGGUCGGUAUCGACGGCUCGCAGGUGCUCGCGCACAUGACCCCAGUCAACAACUACAACUCGAAUUGCAACAUUGACGAGCUCCGUCGCGGCAUGACGAACCACAAGCAGCUCGAGGUCUCUGAGAAUGCCCUCCUGCUCUUCGGUAACGGUGACGGAGGUGGUGGCCCGACCGAGCCGCACCUGCAGCGGCUGCGUCGUGGCCGUGCCGCUGGCAAGAGGCGCGAAGCCGGUGGCCAGAUGCCCCUCGUGAAGAUGGGCGGCUCGUUUGACGAGUUCUACGAGGCUAUCCGUAAGGAGACCAAGAAUGGCGCGACGCUGCCCGUGUGGCAGGGCGAGCUGUACCUCGAGAUCCACCGUGCGACUUACACCUCGCAUGGUUCGAUCAAGAAGGGCAACCGCAAGAGCGAGAUCCUGAUGCGCGAGGCCGAGUACCACGCGUCGAUGGCGUCACUCUUCAACGACGACUACAAGUACCCGAAGUCGGAGUUGGAUGCUGCGUGGGAGGACCUGCUCCUGUGUCAGUUCCACGACGUCCUUCCCGGCUCGGCCAUCCACAUGGUCUACGACGACGCCGAGAGGAUCUACGCCAAGCUGCACAAGCGCGUCACCAAGAUUAUCAAGGACGCUCAGGACGCCCUCCUCUCGGGCACCGUUGAGCUGGAGCCGAAGCCCGCUGCCGCGCCGCCCAAGCCCGUGCUGACGGCCGUCAACACGCUUCCGGGCUGGGAGCGGCGCGAGGUCGUCAAGGUGCCCCUGAAGGAGCAUGCGUGCGUACGCACCCACGCGGCCCAGCUGUCCAAGGACGGCAAGAACGCAUACGUGCUCUUCGAAACGCAGCCGGAGCAGCUCGUCGCGACGCCUAACGGGCUGUACGCGCACUCGGGCCAGGCGUUUGCCAAGCAGGACGGCGACGUGUUCACGCUCGGCAACGACAAUGUCGUGUUCACGAUCGGGGACGGGCGCAUCACGUCGAUCAAGGAUGUUGCGCUCGACCGCGAGCUGCUGGGCGAAGGCCAGACUGCCGGCUUUGUCGUAUUCGAGGACCACCCCAACUACUGGGACGCUUGGGACGUGGACUCGUUCUACGUCGAGAAGCGCCGCGACCUCAAGUUUGACAAGGUGUCGAUCAAAGACAACGGCCCCGUGCGCGCCUCCCUCGAGACGGUGGUCAAGUACAACAAGAGCGAGCUGCGGUUCACGAUCUCGGUCGACGCCGUCGCAGCGUCGCUGAAGCCGAACGCGCGCUCCCUCAUCCGCAUCGACGCCGACUGCGACUGGCACGAGCGCCACUGGUUCCUCAAGUUUGAGCUGCCGCUCGACAUCCAUUCGGACCACACAACGUACGACACGCAGUUCGGCACGCUGCGCCGACCGACGCACCGCAACACGUCGUGGGACGCGAGCAAGUUCGAGGUGUGUGCGCACAAGUUUGCCGACCUCAGCGAGUACGGGUACGGCGUGGCGCUCAUCAACGACUGCAAGUACGGGUACGCGACGCAGGGCAACGUGCUCCGCCUCUCGCUGCUUCGCGGCCCCACCAUGCCCGACGCAGAGACGGACCAGGGCAAGCAUCAGUUCAGCUUUGCGAUUUACCCCCACGUCGGCACGUACACGGAGAGCGACGUGACGCAGGUCGCGUACGCUUUCAACGCGCCCCUCCGUCUUCGCCUUGGGUCCGCUGGCGUUGCGUCUACCGCCUUCGAGCACCCGUUCAAGGUCACUGGCGCCGACAACGUGAUCCUCGAGACGGUCAAGCGCGGCGAGGACGACAAGAAGCACGGCCUGACAGCGUUGAUUCUGCGUGUGUUUGAGCAGUACGGCGGCGCGGCACGUGCCACGCUAAAGAUCUCCCCCAACCUGAACGUGAAGAAGGCCGAGCUCGUCAACAUUCUCGAGGACCCGAUCGAGACGAUCAGCCUCCAGCAGGUCGAGGACGGGACGACCCUCAAGCUCCCCUUCCGCGGGUAUGAGAUCAAGACUGUGCGCCUCACGCUGGGCGCGCGGCCGAAGAAGCUGCGCCGGGGCAGUGACUGCUGGGUCAAGAUUUAA